AAGACGGAUAAAAGUUUCAUCGAAUCGGAGGGUCUCAAAAGUGUAACCACAGCCUAUAAUGCCCAUUUCGGCAUGUCUCUUGUCUCCUCCAACCACUUGUUCCUAAGUCCUCUUUGUAUUGCCACCCCUUUUCCUACCUACCCCAUCUUCGAAUGUCAAUAUUGGGCAGUUUGCAGUCUCUUCGAGAAGGGAGUUGUCGCCAUUCUUGGCCCCCGUAACCCGGCCAUCUCACGGUCGAUUCGCUCUUUGUCCAACCACUUCGGCCUGCCCUACUUGGAGAUUCACUGGGCCCUGUCGGCUCCGGAGGGCAGUUACGCCAUCAACGUACAUCCGCAUCAUUACGCCUUUGGGAUCGGCCUGUUCGAGUACAUCUCUCAGGGCGAGAAGUGGAAGAAGAUGACCAUCAUCUACAGUCGAAGAGAUAGUAAGUCAAGCUACCAUUCACCGAUUGCAACCAUCUAA